ACCUUUCUUAAAAAACCAAAAUAUUUCAUUCUCGCCUAGAAACUUACAAUACCAAAAGAUGACAAAUUUUGGUUACAUAAAUGCUGCAUUUCGUUCAUCUAGGAACAAUGAAGCUUACUUAUUCAUCAAUGAUAAGUACGUGCUUUUAGAUUAUGCUCCAGGAACAACCAACGAUAAAGUUUUGUAUGGGCCGAGUUUUGUUCGUGAUGGAUAUAAAUCACUUGCUAAUACAAUAUUUGGAACAUAUGGAAUAGAUUGUGCCUUUGACACCGAUAACAAUGAGGCAUUCAUAUUUUAUGAAAAAUUUUGUGCUCUCAUAGACUAUGCUCCACAUUCCAACAAAGACAAAAUAAUCUUAGGUCCUAAGAAAAUCGUUGACAUGUUUCCUUUUUUCGAAGGAACAAUGUUUGAAAAUGGAAUAGAUGCUGCAUUUAGAUCAACAAAGGGAAAAGAAGUUUACUUAUUCAAAGGAGACAAGUAUGCUCGUAUAGAUUAUGAAACCAAUCGUCUCAUUCAAAAUAUCAAAGACAUUACGGAUGGUUUUCCUUGCUUACGUGGCACAAUAUUUGAAAAUGGAAUUGAGGCAGCUUUUGCUUCUCAUAAGACAAAUGAAGCUUAUCUUUUCAAAGGAGAAUAUUAUGCACGUAUCCAUUUUACACCUGGAUCAACAAAUGAUACCAUUAUGGGUGGUGUGAAGAACACUCUUGACUAUUGGCCAUCUCUUCAAGGCAUAAUACCUAUGAAGAAUUAAUCAUGGGGCACAAGAUCAAAAACAAAGUUAUGAACUUUUAAAAUAAUAAUGUGAAUCUUUAUGAUAUUAUGAAAAUUAAGAAUAAAUAAGAGGAUGGAGAAUAAAAAUCGUUGUUGAUGUUUUCUUUCUAAACAUCAAUAAUUAAUGUAACAUAUGUGUUGUUGUUUGCUUUCGUUUCUUGAUGUAAUAAAAAUGACGGUCCUCUUAUUUUCCGCA